GCAGUCUCCAGACGCGCACAGUCCUCCUUCUACGCUCAACUAGGAUGGAUAAGUGAGAAAAAAGUUAGUUAGAGAAAGUUAAAAUAUUUAUGGUUUUGAUUUGAUUAGUGAACAUUAUGCUGAUCCUUCUAGCUCUAGGUCUACUAAACCACUGUGAUGCCAACCCUAAUACCAACCUACUGGAGAACAAUAUCCUUAAAUAUCCAAUAUUUGAGGAAAUGUUAAAUUAUCAAACCUCACACAUUCAUCAGAGAUCUCGACGCCAAGUUGGAGGAACAGCUCGGAGUGAUGUUGUCGAUAUAGAUGAUACGGAAUCCUUCCACGGACCUGACGUCACACUCCCGGAGAUAUCCUUCCGGGACAUGGCGGGGUUCGUGGAGGAGGCUCGGAGAACUGUAGAAGAGAGGUUUGAUGUACUAGAGAAGGAGAUCUACAGAAGUAGUGCUAGACAAGAACCAGGAUCUCCGGAGUGGUUUAUGGCAGCUUCAACUAAAACUAAGGUGGUCGCAAAGAACAUCACACAGAUCGCCCUGAUCUCUGAGGAGGCGACGAAGUACCUGGCCCAGAAGUAUCUGCUGACCAGAGACCAGAUCACCUUCGGCCUUCCAACAGCUGAUGUCAGAGGAACCCUGUUAAAUGAUGUUUGUCCGGUCAAAAUGGACUUUCCUUGUCAGCCUGGUAAAUACAGGGCGUAUAACGGUUACUGUAACAAUGUUCAGAACCCGAACUGGGGAGUUGCGAACAGAAGAUAUCUUAGAUAUAUGCCUCCAGACUAUGGAGAUGGAAUAAGUAUUCCUAGGCAGGACUCCAGGAAUAAGUUUCUACCGAGUGCGCGGGAGGUAUCGGUCAGCGUACACACUGACUCUGACAUCCCCCACUCCCACUUGAUGGCCGUGACGGCGAUCUGGGGAGAGUUCAUCUACCACGACGUUUCCCACACCCCCCAGAUGGCGGGGUUCCUCGGACAAAGGUUGAAAUGUUGCGGAGUAGAGUUUGAAUCUUUUCAUCCUGAGUGUUAUCCGAUCAAGAUUGCUGAAAAUGAUACAGCGUACGGGGAGAUGGGACUAAAAUGCCAAGAGUAUACAAGAUCUGGAACUGCGAGUAGGACAGGGUGUCAUCUUGGACCUAGAGAACAAAUAAACCAGGUUACGUCGUUUCUGGACGGUUCCGCUAUAUACGGAAGCUCUAAAGAGGAAGCGGAGGAGCUAAGAUUAUUUACCGGAGGAUUACUCAGGGAACAGACUCACAUAACGUAUAUUUUACCAGCUGAUGAUAACACUAUAGACUGUGCAGGAGGAGCUGGAGGGGAGAAAUGUUUCAAAGCCGGAGAUGUUCGUGUAAAUGAGCAUAUAGGUUUGGUAUCCAUCCAUACCCUUUGGUUGCGGCAGCAUAACAGGUUGGCCCGCAAGCUGGCUGAUAUCAACCCACACUGGAAUGAUGAACAGAUUUUCCAGGAGACCCGUCGGAUUGUAGGGGCUCAGAUCCAGCAUAUCACGUAUAACGAGUAUUUACCGGUUAUACUUGGGAAGGCAGUUAUGGAUAGAUACGGUCUCUCAUCAGAGACAUCAGGCUUUUUCACAGGUUAUGAUAUCAACACUAAUGCUGGAACAGCUAAUAGUGUCGCUGCUGCAGCAAUGAGGUUUGUUGCUUCUCUGAUGCCAGCUAAGUUUUCCUACUUUGACAGGAUCGGACGGAAACUCGAGUCCAAGGAUAUUUCAGACUCAUUCUAUAAACCCUUUGAGAUGUAUGACCCUGAGAAAUUGGAUCAGAUUCUCCGAGGUCUAAUUAAAGGACAUGCUCAGAACGAGGACAUAUUUAUCGGUGAGGCAAUGACGAGUAAGAUGUUUAUGGACCCUGAGACUGGAGUUGGGUUGGAUCUUGCAGCUCAGAUUAUUCAACAAGGUCGAGAUCAUGGUGUACCUGGAUACACAGAGUGGAGAAAGCUGUGUGAUCUCCCCCCAGUCAACUCCUUCUCCGACCUCAAUGAGGUCAUGCCUCAGUCUACGGUUGAUAAGCUGAGUGCAGUUUACAAGGAUGUGAGAGAUAUUGAUUUGUUUACCGGUGGACUAGCUGAGAUACCAAACAAGGGAGCCGCUGUUGGACCUACUUUUGGUUGUCUUAUUGGCAGACAGAUGUACUACUACAAGCGCGGAGAUAGAUACUGGUAUGAGAACGAUAUUCCUCCCUCAUCCUUCACCAAGGAUCAACUAAAUGAAAUUAGAAAAAUAUCUUUAGCUUCUGUGUUGUGUGAAAACACAAACUCCAUUGAUUUUGUCCAGCCUAAUGUUUUCAUUCAGGCAGAUCCGUUCCUCAAUGCUCUGAUGGCCUGUCACGAGGACAAUAUGAUUAAAACAAUGAAUCUGAAGAAAUGGGCAACUGCCUCUCCUCGCUUUAUAGUUCCUGAUAAUAUGCUGCUAGAUGCUGUAGAGAGAGCUAGGAGGGAUGUGAAGAAGAUACAGGACCGGGAGUGGAAUCUCUGGAACUCUGGACAAAUGGCGGAUCCGAAAUCUCCAACGGGUUCUGCAUACGGAUUCAUGAAGCCAAAGCGACAAUCAGUUGAAGUUUCCAACUCUUCCUUUGUUCUCCAGUUCGCCUCAAGACGGUUCCUUGAUAAUCUACUUCAAGCGGAUGAAAGCGGGAGAAAGUACCGUCAGCUCAAGGAUAUUGAGUUUAAUGAUAAUAACCCGAAUGAUUUGCAAGAUCUGAUGGAUGUACUUCCAAAUAUUGACUUGUCAGAUGUUAUGGAGAUCCCAAAGGUUUUUCAGUGUGAUGAACAAACCCUUCCUUGUGAUCACACCACAAAGUACAGAACUAUAACAGGGUGGUGCAACAAUCUUGAUUUCCCAGAGUACGGCAAAUCUGUGAGAGGGUUCACUCGCUUGCUAGCUCCGGCCUAUGAUGAUGGUUUGAUGUCUCCACGAAGUAGAUCUGUUACUGGAGCACCUCUCCCCAGUCCACGUCUAAUCUCUGUUAACAUUCAUAACGACGUGUCUGCUCCCCAUGUCAGAUACUCUCUUAUGUUGAUGCAAUGGGCUCAGUUUGUUGAUCAUGAUCUCACCCAUACCCCUGUCAAUAGAGGAUUCUCUAGCUCUAUUCUUGAUUGUAAAGCUUGUGAUUCUCAGACUAGAUUACAUCCUGAAUGUUUACCUAUUCCUAUACCACAAGGAGAUCCAUACUUCCCUCAGAUUAAUAUCACUUCAGGGGAGGAGUUUUGCCUUGGUUUCACCAGAUCGAUGCCGGGACAGCUCACACUGGGGUUCAGAGAGCAGAUCAAUCAGAUCACAUCCUUCGCUGAUGCAUCUAACGUCUAUGGUUCAGAUGUCUGCGAAAUGAGAGAAUUGAGAUCAUUUUUCGGAGGUCGAUUAAACAGUACAAGUGCAAGGGGAGCUAAAGACCUACUUCCUCUGACAGAUGAGAAUGAAGAAUGUAAAUCUAAAAGUGGAUUCUGUUUUGAAGCUGGAGAUGCUAGAAGCAGUGAACAGCCUGUUCUAGCAGCCAUCCACACCCUCUUUAUGAGGGAGCAUAACAGAAUAGUUGAUAAACUAGCCCAGCUCAACCCUCAGUGGUCUGAUGAGAAACUAUACCAGGAGGGGAGAAGGAUUGGUAUAGCCAUCCAGACCCAUAUAACCUACAACGAGUUCCUCCCCCGAGUGUUGGGCUGGAACGCCGUAAAUCUGUACGAACUGAACCUGCUUCCUGAAGGUUACUACCGUGGAUAUGACGAAUCAUGUAACCCAACAAUUCUAAACGAAUUUGCCAGUGCUGCAUUCAGAUUUGGUCAUAGUUUACUCAAGCCUAAUUUUAAGCGGAUGGGAGGUGAUUUUGCAGAAAAUGGCGAGCUUAAAUUAAGUGACAUGUUCUUUGAUGCUGACAAGCUGAUAGAACCUGGUAUGCUUGAUGAGCUUAUCCGAGGUGUGUCCACAACUUCUAUGGAAACCUUGGAUCAAUUUGUGACGCAUGAAGUGACGAACCAUUUGUUCGAAAAGAAGGGGGUACCAUUCUCCGGGAUGGAUCUAAUUGCGCUGAACCUGCAGAGAGCGAGAGACCACGGGAUUCCGGGAUACAACCAUUACAGAGCCAUUUGUAAUCUAACACGUGCAUCCGGUUUUGAUGGGCUUGGCCGCGAGGUGGCGCCACCAGUGAUUGAACGAUUGAGAAGAACGUAUGCUCAUGUGGAUGAUAUUGAUCUUUUUACAGGUGGACUAUCUGAGACACCCCUGCACGGUGGUCUAAUCGGACCAACCUUUGCCUGCAUAAUCGGAAUCCAGUUCCGGAACUUACGGAAAUGUGAUCGGUUCUGGUACGAGGGUGACAACCCUCUCCUCAGAUUUACGGAUGCACAGCUUACGGAAAUCCGGAAAGCCAGUCUAGGACGCGUGGUCUGCGACAACUGUGAAAGUGUGCGAAACAUCCAACGUGCACUUUUUGAUAUUCCUGAUCCGUUUCUGAAUCCGCGCGUUCCGUGCACAGCAGUUCCUUCGAUCAACCUGGAUCUAUGGAAGGAUCGUCUCAAGUGUAAUGUAGGAGAUACUCCGAUCGAGAUCGGUGACGCGAAGCGCAUAUCUCCGUGCACAAUGUGCACGUGCACGAAGGAGGGCCCCGUCUGCCAAUCUUUAAAAAUAGAAAAUUGUUUCCAUCUCGCGCAAUCCUUCUCCCAGCGCGAUAUUCUCCAAGAUCACGUUUGCAAAGUCCAGUGCGCGUUUGCGUUCCGCGCGUUUCCUAAGGUUGCCGAGGAGGAACAGCAUCUAGGGUUCCAGCGUGGGGGAUAAGAAAUUCAAAACCUGGGGCGUACUCAGGGGUAGGGGUUACGAGGGCUGAGCUCCUUUAGAUUAGUAAAAUGUAUGGUUUUCACGGGAUUUUCAGGACCCAAUGGGUACUGAGCCCCUCCCCACCCCUGGAAAGAAAAACAAAAUCCCCCCAUUUGACAAAUCCCUGAGUACGCCCCUGAAUAAAACCCAGAAAUUAUGGCGAUAGCUUCAGAUUUCUCUACAGUGGAAGUAUGUUACAAUAGCUCCACUAUAAUUAUAAAUGUGAUUAAAUAAAACUGCCAUUUCAAGAGACCUUAAUUAAAAACAAUCCUUUUUACGCCUUUUAUCAAAAAAAUCUUAAUCUUAAAAAGAAAAAAUUAAUUUGUUUACUGACCCCCGAUCGGGCGUUCACUCCCCUUCACCCUGGAAAAAUGUUAAGAACCCUCUGAGUAAAAUUUACUCCUAACUGCCAUUAAAUAAUAUGAUGUUAUUGUUUCUAUGUAAAAUAUUAGAUAAACAAAUAUAUAUUUUAUUUUAUUUA